AUGAACACGGACGGCCGCGCUGUCCGCGUUCUACCGACGCUCGAUUCGGCAGCAUCACACAACUUUAUGAAACCUGUCAAGAAAAUCCACGAGGCGCAAGAUGUUCCUCCUUUCUUGAUCUCGAAGGGCUAUACGGAUAUCAUGACUUUCGCCCUGCAGUUGAACAGGUCGAUGUUUCCGGAAAAACUUGCCGACGGGACUUCACAAUCAUGGCCCCUGAAUGCCGAAGAAGUGCAGUUCUCUGCACCGGUCCGACAAUUGCAAGACCUCCUCUCAAAACUCGAAGACCUUGUACUGGAGGUUCCACCAGACAGCGGCCCGCGCAGAUUCGGAAACAUCAGCUUCAGAAAAUGGCACGAGGUCUUGGAAGAGCGGGCGUCUUCUUUGCUGAAGGAAUGUUUACCCGCGGAGAUCUUGGAGAGACCUUCGUCGGAGGCAGAUGGCGUCACUGCCGAGGCGGAGCUUAAAGCGUAUUUUCUUGGAAGUUGGGGAAGUGGACAGAGGUUGGAUUACGGUACGGGGCAUGAGCUCAGCUUCCUGGCAUUCUUGGGGUCGAUUUGGAAGCUCAAUGGGUUCCCCAAGUCCGGCCCGGGUGUUGAAGAGAGAGCUAUUGUGCUUGGCGUGAUCGAGCCGUACUUGGACCUCGUGAGACUACUUAUCAAAACAUAUACACUCGAACCUGCCGGCUCCCACGGAGUAUGGGGCCUCGACGACCACGCCUUUCUCCCUUACAUAUUCGGAUCUGCUCAACUGUCACCAGCUAUCAAUGAGACUGAUUUGACCCCUGAGGAGGGUUCGCUGCCGGAUGCUCCCGACCCAGCCGGCGUAGUCAAGCAAAACAUCGUGGAGCGAGAGAGAAAGACUAACAUGUACUUUUCUGCUAUCGGAUUCAUCUAUGACGUGAAGAAAGGCCCGUUCUGGGAACAUAGUCCCAUGCUUUACGACAUAUCAGGUAUUCGAGCUGGCUGGGGGAAAAUCAACAAGGGAAUGAUCAAAAUGUGGAACGCAGAAGUUCUGUCCAAGUACCCUGUGGUGCAGCAUUUCCCAUUCGGCUCUCUGUUCAGCUGGGACCGCGAUCCUUAUGCCGUCGCCCCUCCAUCUACUGUACAUGCCACCUCUGGCCCACAGGGACGGCCUGUCGUACCAGAUGCCGGUCCACCGACAUCCGCAACGGCCCGACCAGGUGCAGAUAGCGGAACGAAGGCGCCAUGGGCAACAGCAGGAGCUGGAUCCCGAGCCCCUCCAAUGGGCCCGACAGCGGCGCCUUGGGCAGCGACAAGAAGAGAUGGUCCCCCAGCCCCGGGUUCCAUCCCUGGCCCCAGCAUGGCAGCUCUUCCAGAUACUUCUCGACUGCCUCCGGGUCCUAUGGCUCCCACCCGGGCUCCGUGGGCAAACUCCCAGCCCCCAGCUCCGCCCGGUGGAGACGGCCCUACAAAGGCCCCUUGGGCUAAAUGA